GCCAAAGCAAGCUGGCAGCUGGGAGGGAUGGAGGCGGGAAGGUGACAUCUAGGGACUGAUUCACAUCGCUUGAGGACUGCCCGCUGUCUUUUUUUAUGCCGCCGCUGCACACGGAGGAAAGGAUCCCCCCUGUUUACAUCCAUCACACUGCAGUUUAGGCGCAGGUUAAGCCCCUGUCAGCCUCCCGAUCCACUCUAAGGAGAGCCCCUCUUCCACUUUGGCGUGGAUCGCCCGCCCGAAGAUGCAUUUCGACCAGAUCCUCUCAGCCAUCGACGGCUUCGGGAAAUACCAGAAGAUUUUGUACGUGUGGAUUUGUUUACCUCAGGUCCUGCUCGCCUUCCACAUGAUGGUGAGCAUCUUCACCGGGGCCACGCCGCCCUUUCGCUGUCGGGAGACCUCCAGCUCACCAGGAGCCGGGAAUCAGACUUUGUCGCUCUCCGAUGCGUUCGCAGGGAACCUGAGUCUCUCGGAGGCGCACUCCUCCUGCUUCUCCUCGGAGGCGCUGCCGCUGCUGGAGGGCGACAACGGGACGGAGCGCGUCCCGUGUGGCCACGGAUGGGUCUACAGCAAGGAGACUUUCCAAAGCACCACGGUCACCGAGUGGGACCUGGUGUGCAGCAGGGCUGGACUGAACAGUCUCGGCUCAUCCGUCUACAUGUCGGGCCUGUUGGUGGGAUCUGUGCUGUUCGGAGCCAUGGCUGACAGGUACGGCCGGCGUUUCGUCCUGCUGCUGUCCAUCGCCCUGCAGACUGUGUUCGGAGUGGCUGUUGCCUUUGCACCCAACUUCCCGGUCUAUGUGAUUCUUCGCUUCGCUGUUGGCACCACCAUAUCUGGAGUCAUUAUCAACGCUUUUAUACUUGGUACCGAGUGGACGUGUACCAAGAGGCGCAUGCUGGCGGGCAUCCUCACAGACUACACCUUCGGCCUGGGUUACAUGCUGCUCGCAGGGGUGGCCUACCUGAUCCGAGACUGGAGAAAGCUGCAGCUCGCUAUAUCGGCCCCAGGCUUCCUGCUUAUCUUCUACAUACGGGUGCUCCCCCAGUCUGCCAGGUGGUUGCUGGCCAAGGACAGGAGAGAGGAGGCCAUCGCACUCCUUCACAAAGCAGCUCUGGUUAACGGCCGGGUCUUACCUCCUGCUGUCCAGGCUGAAAAGUGGGAGUUUUUAGGCGGCUCAAAGCGAAGCCACUCACCAAUAGAUCUGGUCCGGACGCCACAGAUGAGAAAGAGAUCCGUCAUUUUGUUCUACCUCUGGUUUGUCAACGUGCUGGUGUAUUAUGGGCUGUCCCUGGGCGUAUCUCGGUUAGGGACAGACCUCUACCUGACCCAGUUUGUGUUUGGCUUGGUCGAGAUCCCAGCUCGCUCCCUGGUCCUCGUCGUCCUGCCCUUCAGCCGACGCCUCACCCAGAGCGGCUUCCUGGCUGUAGGGGGUCUCGCCUGCUUGCUGAUGCUUGUGGUCCCUGCAGAUCAUCCCAAUGUCCUGACGGGGCUUGCCAUGGUAGGGAAGUUUGGUAUAACGGCCUCCUUUGCUGUCAUCUAUGUAUACACUGCUGAGAUUUUCCCAACUGUGGUAAGGCAAACAGGAAUAGGUGUGUCCAGCAUGUUUGCCAGGAUGGGAGGUGUAUUAGCGCCCGUCAUAAACAUGCUGGACAACCACAGCCCCGCCACGCCGCUCAUCAUCUUCGGCACGUCUCCGCUUCUGGGAGCCGUUCUCGCCCUGGCCCUGCCUGAGACCGCUGACCGACAUCUGCCGGACACUCUGGAGGACGUAGAGAACUGGGACGUCAGGUCGGCUCCCAUUUUGGAAACCCUUGAAGCGGACGAAGACUUCGGCCCAGCGGAGAGCCCCUCCGAGAAGCAGGAACUGCAACAUCUAGCGAGCUAGAACUUCGCGCGGCAAAGAUGAGCUGACUCCGUCAACCAAGUGUUUCACGGCCUCAACUCUGACAUCUAACACACUCGGUCAUCUCCUACGCAGCUGCACAUCAGGAUGUGAUCAUGAGCUCUAGGCAAGAAAGCCUGACACGUUCCAGAGGCCAAACCAACACAAGGUGUUUACACAUACACACACACACAGACACACACAUGCACACACAAAGAAGGCAUUCAGCGCUCCUGCCGAGGCCAAGAAAACGCUCACUGUUUAAGCAGACGCAGGUACGAACCAACAGUCAGGAAUAGUUACAUUUUACACUUUUGUAUGCCCGUCUGUAGCCGACCUUUUACCCACUUUUGUGAAGGAGAACGACCCAGAGUGUCCUAUAGAUGCGGAGGGCAGUAAAUAACAACUUACAAUUUUAGCAUAUUUUUUAUACCUCUAUAAAUGUUUACAGAUUUUUUUUUUGGAGCAGCGUUCGGUUCCAGGAGAACUGCCACUCCAACCCUGAUGCCUGAUAAACAGCUACAGGACUGUCUCAGGAAAUUAGAAUAUUGUGAUAAAGUUCUUUAUUUUCU